CUAACGGCCGCCAUUUGUAAUUUGAAUUGACCCGGCUGACCAUUGGAUUGAAUCCGUCGGCAUCCUCCCUUAAAGGGCGAAAAAGAAAGGAUUUAUCAUCAAAAAUAGAAAGAUAAGAAGACAAACGUUGAACUUCGAUGGCAAGUACAGACCAACUCAACAUCGAUAGCAUCAUAGCCCGGCUUUUGGAAGCGCGGACUAAUGCAGAUUUACAAAUUCGUGGCUCCAGACCGGGAAAGAAUGUGCAGUUGACAGAGAACGAGAUCCGCGGCUUGUGUCUGAAGUCGCGGGAAAUCUUCCUGAGCCAGCCCAUCCUGCUGGAACUGGAGGCUCCGCUCAAGAUCUGCGGUGACAUUCACGGUCAGUACUACGACUUGCUGCGUCUGUUCGAGUACGGAGGUUUCCCUCCGGAGAGUAACUACCUGUUCCUGGGGGAUUACGUGGACCGCGGGAAACAGUCGCUGGAGACCAUCUGCCUGCUGCUAGCGUACAAGAUCAAGUAUCCGGAGAACUUCUUCCUACUCAGAGGCAACCACGAGUGUGCCAGCAUCAACCGCAUCUACGGAUUUUACGAUGAGUGUAAAAGAAGGUACACAAUAAAGCUAUGGAAGACGUUUACGGACUGUUUCAACUGCCUGCCCAUCGCAGCCAUCAUAGACGAGAAGAUCUUCUGUUGUCACGGAGGACUGUCGCCUGACUUGCAAUCCAUGGAACAGAUCCGUCGCAUCAUGCGGCCGACAGACGUGCCGGACCAGGGCCUGCUGUGCGACCUGUUGUGGUCAGACCCCGACAAGGACGUGAUGGGCUGGGGGGAGAACGACCGCGGCGUGUCCUUCACGUUCGGCCCCGAGGUGGUCGCCAAGUUCCUACACAAACAUGACCUGGACCUCAUAUGCAGAGCACAUCAGGUGGUGGAAGACGGUUACGAGUUCUUCGCCAAGCGACAGCUGGUCACGUUGUUCUCAGCCCCCAACUACUGCGGGGAGUUUGACAACGCCGGGGCAAUGAUGAGCGUAGACGAGACACUCAUGUGUUCUUUCCAGAUCUUGAAACCUGCCGACAAGAAGAAGUUCCCGUACGGUGGCUUGAACGCAGGCCGGCCUGUGACGCCACCCCGCGGCCAGAACAAAAACAAAAGGGCAAAGCAUAGACUCCCUCUCCUUUCCCUUUGGCAAUAUAUAGACAACUGCAGUGUAAUGUAAUGUAAAGUAAGGUCGGGGAGAGAAUCAUCAGAGGAAGGCAGGCUGAAAUUCUGUUGCAGUUGGCCUCUCUAGUAGGUAUUCCAGGUAGAUGGGUAUUGUUGUUAAUUUGUGUUAGAGAAGAGACCCAUACAAGCCGUCAUGUGGCAAGGAUUAAAACUAAGGUUAGGGACGAGUACUCCUGUAGAAAAGAUACAUUUUUCCACAGUCUCAAACACAGUGCAAGAGGAAAAAAAGUAUUAGACCCCCCUCCAUUUUUUGUUUGAAAAAAAGAACCACCUUGAGAAUGGCCCUGGUUUAAGUUUUGUAAGCUUUUCUUAUCUGUGUUGUGUUCUUGUCAGUACUAGCUAACUCUAAACUACUUUUCGCUUGCCAGACUCUCUUUCUGUUGCUUUCUUUCUUGCAGUUGUAAAAAGUUUCUGUUCCAAGUUGUCAGGCUUCAAAUGAGCUUAUCUCGUAGUAUCUUAGCAGAGAAGAAAUAGCCUAAAUGGAUGAGUGUUGAGUUAGAAUUGAUUCUUGAGGAUCUAGAAGGGUAGGAAGUUGAUUUGGAAGGAUGUCUGAUGACAGAGGUAGUAGUACAGUCGGCUGUGGAAUGUUCCUGAAAUGAACAGAGAUUGGUACGAUGUCAGAGGGUGUGUAUGGGGUUUGAGAGGAGCUUGGGAUGACUGACUGACUGAAUGUAUUUUAUUUGCUGAAGUGUCAUUUAGGUAGUUGAACAUUCAUUAAUAAAGUUUGAAAAUGCAGAAUUAGCAUACUCCCCCAUGGAGGGGGGUUCUUUCCCCCUUGACAUCAAACCCACACCUCCAUGGAUUUGUAUUGGCCGAUGCAUUUUAAGACUGGAAUGAAGAGAUUGUAGGGUAAUAGCUGAGAAGAGUGCACUGUAUGUUGAUUAUAUAUAGGAGCUCAGAUUGGUACCCAUAGCACUGCAUCUGUACAUAACAUCAGCUCAUUUUUGUGUAGCCGAUCAUCAUCACUGUGCUCAGUGUAUAGCUAUCCCAACUAGACUACAUUUGUAAUUAUGACCGGAGUACAUCUAGUGCAGUUUAUAUAUGUCCCAUACAUGGCCUUGUUCUAUUGUCUGUACAUUGGUGCAAAAGUAGAAAGCUGUCUUGUAAAACAACCUUGAUGGUAGGAAGUCUUCUCUACCCUGUAUCCAAAGUGGUACGUCCCGGCUGACCUCUGGACUGCACUCCUUUGGACUGUACCACUCUUGAGCGGGGUGUAGUGUUGCCUUUUCCAGCAACGUUGGAUUGGCACUGGAUAUUGUAAAAUGUACAGUCAAAGAGAAACAAGUAGAUACACUAGCAGCAGUGUCUAGCACUCAGGAUAUUAGAACUAAGAUUUUCUCCAUGUUUGUUAAAACUUGCUUGGCCAUUAGGAACCCAAUGUAUAUUCUCUGUUAUACUUCGAAGUAUCCCCCCAAAUCGGCAGGGACAAAGCUAUUGUAAGGGUUGAUUUCUAUUGUAACCUUGAUUUUAACCAUUUCCUGCCAACGCUUCAUUUAGGCAGAGGACUUCUUCAUAAUGACUUCUAAAUCUCCACAAGGCAAUUCUUACACUUCUUAAAGUUUCCCAAAGGAAAUUCUGCCUGUCAUUACCUCAAAACACUGCUCAAAUGUCGCUCUCUCGAGAACAACAGGGUAUAACAACAAUAUUUGUCAACCCUUUUAGCUCUGUCUUAUGUAAACUUCUGUGCUGACUUGUACAAGUAUAUAUAGUAUCUGUUGAAGGACUAUUACAUAUGAUAGGUUUUUUGUUUGUUACAAUAUUGACAUGGGGAGGGGCAUUAUUACCAGCUUUAGGUUCUGCACGUAACACAAGAAAACCAAAAUUUUCUUCAGUAAAGGAUUUACUUUUCAUAAACAAUUGAGUAAUUUCUUUGCAACCCACAAAUGUGUGGAAAGGGAAGGUACAUUUACUCUUUUAUGGUUUUGUUUGAAGACUUUGUUUUUGUUUUGCUUCCCACUAGCACUGUAUGUAAGGCUUUCUUUGACUGAGGGAAUGAAUUUUAAAAAAGUACGAUUACAAACCAAAUAUUCUGUAUUAAGUUGUAAGUAAGUGUUGUAUUUCCAACACAGACAUUUAUGCUUUGUAUCACUAGAAGCAAGUACAUAACACCAGUACCAUACAUUGUAAUCAUUUUAUGCGGGUUAUAUAACACUUUGCAAGAAUUUUCGGGAUCCAAUGUCAACGAAAAAUUAAGAACUGGCCCAAAUUUCAGGGAAAUGAUGUAUAUGUGAUGAUCAGGCAUGUUACACUAGUAGCAGAAACUACAUAUUGGUAAAUGAAAGCGUGACAAAGCUACAUAGUCAAAGACCGUUCCACACUUCUGACCUGGAAUGGUCUGUACACAGUAGGCUGCUUGGUUUUCCUUCAAAAACUGCAUCAAUGUUAAACUGAACUUUCUUGUUAAACAAUUUCUUUGUGACUCCUUAAUGUACGUAGCUAUAUCAUACACAAAAGCAUCAUCAACUGUCAUCUUGUAUAUAAUUUUAGAUUCAUGAAAUUGUACUUGCGUCCUGUUAUUGUAUUUUUUUGGUGAAUUUUGUAAUAAUGAUAGGAAUUUUUGAGUCCGGUAUUUUCCCUCGAUAAAGACACUGAUUGUGAUGUACUUUGUACCAGCUGUGACCUGGCUCUUUGUAUGUUGUCCAUGAAUGGCAGUUUAUUAUUAAAGAUGUAGUUUUGAUACACCAAAA